GUGGCUUUAAAAAUGGCGGAUGCUCUCAACAUUGAAAGCGGUACAAAUACACUAAAUCAGCUCGUAAACCUGCACAGUUUACCUUUGAAAUCCAAAGAAGUUCAUCUGAAAACAAACCGAAACAAGGAGGAAUAUACAAUGGAUAUUUACAGUUAUAACUUCGUCGAUACAGUGAGUGUUUGGUCUCCACCAAAUACCCCGCCGAAUAAAUGUCCUCUCCCACGUUUACCAUCGUUCAGCCCGAGUUGUGCUUCCGAUGCUGACUUAAAAGAUUCAAAGAUUACACCACCAAGAGGUCGACCAAAAGCAGAGAUGAUCAACCAUUUAAUCGAGGAAGGAACGCAAUCUUGCUCUCCUAUACGAUGUGAUAUUUGUAGUCGUGUUUUCCCGCGCGAGAAGUCGCUGCAAGCUCACAAGCGAACGCACAGUGGCGAUCGACCAUACAUGUGCGAUUUCCCUAACUGCAAGAAAGCUUUUGUUCAAAGUGGCCAAUUGAAGACACAUCAAAGAUUACAUACGGGAGAAAAGCCCUUCGUCUGCACUAUUGAAGGCUGCCAGUCACGAUUUACGCACGCCAAUCGUCAUUGUCCAAUACAUCCAAAAGCCGGUUUGGUCCGCGAUUCUGAUGAUAUUCCUUUAAAGAAGACCUUAUUGAGCGAAAUUCAAAAUAAAGAACCGAACGAGCACACAAAGGAUGUGCUCUUAUGGCUAAACAAGUACGAACGCGAACGGCAAAACAAAAGUCCUGGCUCCUCUAAACUGAGCAGGAAGGAGUCGAAGCGUGAAAUGGAGCGCGUUCACGAGAGAAAUCAGCUAAGUAUUUCAGAAAAACGUAUGGCAAGGAAGGAAGCAAGAAAGAGAAUGGUCGAGCAAAAAGAACGAUGGAUUGGAGCUUUGGCACUUGUUGAAUUAGCUGAACUCGCUGCUAAUACAAUGCCAAACAUACAUACAUCACUAAAUCUUUUCCCACAUGAGCACGUGGAAUAUAUAUGAGAUGCACCUGUUUCUUAAUCACAAGUAGUACGUACAUAAUAACAUUUUUUUAUCCAUUAACAUAGUAACAGAAACGUUUAGAUGAUUUUUAGAUAUUUCUAUUCAAUUUUUUUACUUUUUAUCAACAUUGGCAUAGAAAAUGACAUUAAUAGAUGACUGAUACAACAGAAUGCCUUGUACAUAAAAAUGCUUUGGAUUAAAUGCCUAAUGGCCUGGUCACUUACUGUUAUCACAUAAUAUCUUGAAUUGCAUGUCUGCAAUGUUGCUUUUACUACGUACCUAUACUGAUUUAUGUAAAGAAAUCAAUAAUGCAGCAGCUUAUGAUCAUUGAAUGUUAGAAAAAUUAAUUCCCUGAAAUUUAUACAAUUGUUACUUGCUUUUGUUUCAAAGUUAACUCUCAACUCAGUUAGAUUUAGAUGUAAAUACAGACAAAUAAAACAUGUUUGCAGUUAA